CAGGUAGACAACAUCCUGUUGUUCCGGUGCUCCUUUCUCUUUUUUGCACAUCUGGCUAAACCGGGAGUCAGGUUCACUGACUCCUGCCUGGUAGCAGCAGCAGCAGCAGCAGCAGCAGCAGCAGCAGCCACAUCUUUCUCCUGGUCCACACCUUGGCCUGCCCAAGAGUCUAUCAGGCCAUGGAUGCAAUGCCUGUGUAUCAUGGCAAAAUCAGCCGGGAGACAGGGGAGAAGCUACUGCUUGCCACUGGUCUGGAUGGCAGCUAUUUGCUGAGGGACAGUGAGAGUGUCCCAGGCGUGUACUGCCUGUGUGUGCUGUACCAAGGUUACAUUUAUACAUACCGAGUGUCCCAGACAGAAACAGGUUCUUGGAGUGCUGAGACAGCACCUGGGGUUCAUAAAAGAUUUUUCCGGAAAAUAAAAAAUCUAAUUUCAGCAUUUCAGAAGCCAGAUCAAGGCAUUGUAAUACCGCUGCAGUAUCCAGUUGAGAAGUCCUCAGGUAGAAGUACACAAGGUACUACAGGGAGAAGAGGAGAUCCUGAUGUCUUCCUGAAAGCGCCAUGAAGAAAAAUAAAACACCUUGUACUUUAUUUUCAAUAAUUUAAAUAUAUGCUGUUUUAUAUAUAGUAGAUAAUACAGUUCAGUGAGCUACAAAUGCAUUUCUAGUACCAUCUUAGCCCUGUAAUGGAAGCAUCUAACACAAUGCUAAAGCAGAAAUGGACUUUCUGGAUAAUGAGGAGCUUUGAAAUGAGGAUUGGAAAAAAGUCCUUCCACAGGUUAUUUUCAGUUAUUUUAUUUGCAAAUGAAAAACGAUUGAAAACAUGAUACUUUAAAAAAGAUUAGUGUUAAUUCUUGGCAAAUAUAAAUAAAAACAAUCGUCCGUUUUUUUUUUCAAAAGCACCAUUUCUAGUGAAAUAUUAUUUGAUACCUACUGAUUUUGAAAUGUCUUGCUUAAUUAUAUGGCAGGCAGCUGGUUUGUGCCUCUCCUCUUUGUCAUGUGCGGUUCUGCAUUAGACAUUCUGCUCUCCGCUGGCUAUUGUGUUAUAGGCUCCUUUGGGAUUUAUGAAGCUGUCCACUGUGGGCUAAAAACAAGUACUAGAUAAAGAGUGAACAAUUUCUGUUUAAUUCUGAAAGCUACCUUUUUGCCUAGUGCUCUGAUGUUGGAGAGUAAAACCCACAGACCAAGCUGGAGUUUAAAAAUCCCAUAAUUUAAGAUAUGUCCUAAAUGUUUAUUACAGUUGAUGCUACAGGAUUUGAAAUUAUAUUGUGAAUCUGAUGAAGUGGACUUGCCUUCUUUUCAUUUACCUGUGUCAGCCCCAGUUGUUGCUACUCCAUGUCGAACCUCAUUUUGAAGGGAAAGCUUCAGCAGCUGUGGCUCCUCAGCUGAGGCAGUCUCUCCAUUAGGUAGCCCUACAGACCAUUGGAAAGCUUACGGUUGUGUUAAUUGUUAACAGUCCCAAGUGACUGCAACCUAAGUGAGGGCCAAGAUUUUAUGCAAUGAUGGGGAUCUGUAGUUUCUUUUCACAGUUUAUGUUUCUGUGACUCUUGUGAUUUGAUUAUGUCGGGUUGCUUCAGGGCUCAGAGAAUUCAUUCACGGAACAAACGUGAUAGGCACUGGGGUAGAGAAGUGAACUUUCACCUGGUCCCUGUGCUCAGGGAGCUCACUAUCUAGCUGGACAAGAAACAGUAAAAGACAAGAGAAAGUAAGACUAAAACAACAAGAAACUAACAAUAAAAGGUGAUAAGUACAUGGCAAGUGAGGUUCCUGGUGUGUAGAUAUAUCUGUCUUAAGAGGUUUGGGUCCAUGGUUCAGAGGAAAGGACUGCGUGUCAUUGUAAACUAAUAAACUGCAAUUCUGGGCUGUUCACGGGUGGAGCCUGGUUAAUAAUUAGUGAGCUGCCAAGAGCCAGAGUUACUCUCUGUGAACUGGCAGGGGCUGAUUUCUGAGCAUUUACUGUGGAUGCUACAGAAGUACAAUACAUAUUGUGGGCCAUUUACCUGUUGUAGAAGUAAAAGCCUCACUUUUAACUUGUAAAGGAAUUCAGAAAGCUGACUUUCAAAAUAAAAUGCAUGUGUUUAGAUACUUCUUAAUCAUUUGUAGCAUGGGUUUAAGUUUUAAUAGAUGUAACUGUUUUUUUUUACUGUAAUUUGUUUAUUUUGGAAUAAUCCUAAAUAUAUGAAUUAUGUUUAUUUAUCAGAUCCUUUUCUGAUAAAGUUUUUUUG